AAUUGCGGCGGCUAGCAUGCUAGCAGGCUAGGGCGUUGCUAGCAGCACACUGGCAUUUUUUCCCCCUGCGUUCCUUCAACUUUUUAGUAUAAUACAAAUGACGCCGAGCAUUGUGAGAAAAGGUCGUGAUCGUCCCUGAAAGUUUUAACACCUUUUCGGUUUGUUGGAUUUUUUUUUUUACGACAAGUCGCUGGCAGGAGACUGCUUGUUACUUUCUGUCCCGUUAGCUUGGCCACUUUAGCCUAGCCUGCUUUUCCAUCCACGGGAAUUGUGCUGAGAGACGACCGAGUGACUCCGUUCUGGAAACAUGGAGUCAAGGAGCGUCGAGCGGUGCUAAUACAUACACAGACCACUCGGAUUCUCUUAUUGCCUUGCGGAGAUACUUUUUCGAAAGCCGGGGGACGCAAAACAAAAGACUACUGGACACUCGUGCAAUAUUUUUCUCCACUCUUUGAGAUUCGGACUUGGUUUAUUUGCAGUGGAAACAAGAGCACACGACGCAAAGUUUUUUUUUUUUUUUUUCAUCCCAAUAGAGCGCAUCUGUUUUGUUAGCUGAGAGCUACCAAGACUAAACUCUGCUUUCCUUUGAGGAUUUUCACACAAGAUCAUUGACAAACCAUUUUUUUUUUUCGUUUUGCCCGUUUGAUUUCAACAUUACGGUAUCAAACGACUCUUCUUGGUAACGACGAAAUCGGGCAAGAGAUAGCAAACCGCAUAGUGCCGACUGGAGGAAUCUGCCGGAUCUCCCGGGGACGUUCAGUCCCUUAUUCAAGCCGAGCAGGGGAGGUGGCAGACGGACUGCAUCGUCACGGUGUCCGUAAGAUUGGAUUACCCAAAAAACUGGGAUGUGAAUGCGAGUUUUACCCGCAUACAAUUUGGGCCAGCGGUGUUAUUUAUGACCCAGAGGAAGGAUAUAAUCUCUUUACUGAUUCAUUUUUAGGGUCUGCACCAUUUUAAUCCGUCUUGCUUGGACUACCCCCCAUACAUUGAGGAUAUUUGCCAUCUGCGUCUCUUGUUUGCAUCUUUUUUUAUAUUUAUUUUUUUGAAACACCAAGGCUAUCCUUUCACGAAUGCCAGAGAAGGACGCUCAAGCAAGUCGCCACAUCACACUCUGGAAAAUGUUAAUCGGAUAUAAUUUGCUGCAAAUCUAGAACCGGAAGCCCAAUGAGUGACACACAGUCCAGCUUCACUGACAGGUUUCCCAAGAAAGCAAACAGAACCAGCAGCAUUCUCAGCAAAGACCACCCGCCGGACAAGAGACCUAAAAGUGACAAAACCUCGCUUUCCUCCAAUGAGUUUGACCCGACAGAAGCUCUGGUGGUGCAGAAGAGUGGCAGCAGCAGUGUGCUAGCAGAGGGGAAGCCUGAGUCCUGUGGUCUGGUCCAGCGAUGCGUCAUCAUCCAGAAAGACGAAAAUGGCUUUGGGCUCACAGUCAGUGGUGACAAUCCGGUGUUUGUGCAGCUCGUCAAAGAAGAUGGUGCUGCAAUGCGGGCAGGCGUUCAGACAGGAGACAGGAUCAUCAAGGUCAACGGAACCCUCGUAACACAUUCAAACCACAUUGAAGUGGUGAAGCUUAUCAAAUCGGGCUCCUACGUGGCCCUCACAGUCCUGGGUCGCCCUCCGGGGCUCCCCCAGAUCCCCCUGUCUGAAGCCGAGUCUGAAAUGCUUGGCGUGACUAUUUCCUCCCCAAACUCGCCUGCGACAGAACGCCCGUACAGUCCUCACGACCGGCUCUCCUCCACACCUCAAUGGGCGAUGAAGGACGAGUACGGCCGAAACCCCUCCCCCAAACUACUGAAAGACAACCAGGAAGCUAAGAAACACAUUCCACAGCUGCAGGGUCAGCUCUUCAAGGCCACCGGCGCAACACAGGAGGCUGCUCCGGGUGGAGAUGCAGAUGAUGGUAGCAUGUUUGAAACUGAGCACACUCAUGCGGCGGGAGAGCAAAGUGCUGACUUGUCCUGGAGCAGCACACCUAUUUCUGGAUUUGGACUCGUCUCUCCAGAGAGUUUUUGCCCGAGUCCAAAGAGCACACCCAGGAACAGCUUCAACUCCUGCCACUCCCCAGAAACAGAGGAUGCCACUGAUCUGGACUCUCUGUCUCCCACCACCGUCAGCAGUCCCUCCUCUCGUAUCGUCUCGCAUAUCAUUGGAGCUGAGGACGAUUAUUUUGAUUCUGACCAAGAGCAGACCAAUGGCCAGUGUAACCGCUUUACCAGCAUUGAGCAGCUCAAGUCUCGGCCCGCCCACCUCGCAGCCUUCAUGCAUCACGUCAUAUCUCAAUUCGAUCCGGCCCCGGUGCUGUGCUACCUCUAUGCUGACUUGUACAAGCAGACCAACUCCAAAGAGACCAGACGGAUGUUCAUGGACCUCCAUACCUUCUUUAUUGAUCGGGGAGCACAUUUGAAAGUGGCAGUUCCAGAAUCCAUUUCUGCUGAUCUUGAUCGACGGCGGACAGAGUUGAUCCCAGAGGAAAUAAACAGACAACACGUUCAAACACUACAAGAUUCUUUGCUCCCUGACAUUCAGAAGAACCUUGAGGACUUCAGACAAAAGCGCAGCAUGGGCCUAACCGUUGCUGAAGUGGAGCUGGGCAGGCUGGACCAAGAACGUGGACGAGAUCGUGUCACCCUCGAGCGCGAACGCUCUUAUGCUGAAAACAUCAUAACCAAGAUUGAGGACAUCCUGGUUACUGCUCAGACGACAGAAGAGGAGAAGUGCACUACAAUGCAGUAUGUCAUUUAUACAUACAUGAAGCACCUUGGUGUGAGGGUCAAGGAACCUCGCAGUCUGGAGUCAAAACGGGUCCGGAUCAAUUUUCUUCCUAAAAUUAAGAAAAGCAUUAAGACAGAAAAGGAUGGUGAAGAGAAGGUGAAGAAGCCGAGGUUUCCCAGUAUCCUCGGACCCCAGCGUCGGCCCAGCCGCAUUGAAGCAGCGUCGGUGGGCAAAGCCCUUGACGGUCGACCCAAGCCUCAGAAGCAAUUGUCUCAGCCUAGUCUUCAGCCCAGCGAGCAAACGGAUGCGGGGCGUUUAAGGGGUAGCCAAUCCAGCGAGGGCCCCGAGCUCACACACCCCGCAUCCGUCACCACCUCAUCUCCAAACAGCACCACUUUCAGCUCCGAUGCUAGCCGAGACACAGACUCAGGUGGCACUCCAACUUCAGGCCCCAGCAGGCUGAGCGACGGUCUUCAGUCUGACCCCCUCGACGGGUUGCCAUAUCCUGCAUCGCACUUUGACCUUUACAGCCUGGACCAACUCCAAGAGGAGGACAGAGAAACUGACAGAACCCACGAGGGAACACCAAAGGCCAUCAGAAGGCUCGAGGGAGUGGGUGCUACCGAUGCCCAGAGCGAGGACGACCAGGGAACAGACUCGGAACAUGACCCGCUUAACUGGCAGCAGCUUGUCGGACGUGAGGUUCUGGCGGGUCUCAGGCCUCUUGAAAUCAAGAGACAGGAAGUUAUCAAUGAGCUAUUUUACACGGAGCGUGCACACGUGCGAAUGCUGAGAGUUUUAGAUCACAUCUUCUACCAGAAGCUUUCAAAAGAUGCUAUCCUACCUCCUGCCGACAUCAAAAACAUCUUCACCAACUUGGAGGAGAUUCUACAACUGCAUGUUUCCAUUUUGGAGCAGAUGGCAGCAGUGCGAAAGCGCAACGAGUCAUCGGUCAUUGAUCAGAUAGGAGAUGACUUGCUCUCCUGGUUCAGUGGUGGAGAGGAGGAGAAGAUCAAACAGGCCGUGGGGACAUUCUGCAGCAAUCAGCCUUUUGCUCUGGAGAUCAUCAAGACUAAGCAGAAGAAAGACUCGCGCUUCAUUUCGUUCAUCCAGGAGGCGCAAAGUAACCGAUUGUGCCGGCGACUGCAGCUGAAGGACAUUAUUCCGGUCGAGAUGCUGAGGUUCACCAAGUACCCCUUGCUGCUGGACAAUAUCUCCAAGUACACCGACGAUGCAGUGGAGAAGGACAAAGUUAAGCAGGCAGCCGACUGCUGUCGAAAGAUCCUCAAUCAUGUCAACCAGGCUGUAAAGGAAGCAGAAGAUAAGCAGAGGCUAGAGGACUAUCAGAGAAGACUGGACCUGUCAUCUCUUAAGCAGACGGACAACCCAAUGAUCCUGGAGUUAAAGAACCUUGACCUCACCAAGAAAACCAUGGUGCACGAGGGGCCGCUGUCAUGGAAAGUGAACAAGGACAAGACAAUUGAGCUGUACACUCUCCUGUUGGAGGACAUCCUGGUCCUUCUCCAGAAACAAGACGAGCGUCUCAUCCUCAAGUGUCACAGCAAGAACCUGGCGGGCACCGCCGACACCAAGCACAUCUUUAGCCCCAUCAUUAAGCUCAGCACUGUGCUGGUGCGCUCUGUGGCUACAGACAACAAGUCCUUCUUCGUGCUCUCCAUGUCUGAGAACGGUGCACAGAUCUAUGAACUGAUGGCAUCCACAGUUUCGGAUCAGAGAACUUGGCAGAAUUUGAUCACGCAAAGAGCAGAAGCCAUGAAGGUCAAACCCCACAGUGUCAUACCUUUACCUCAGACAGAUGGAGAGCGAGAUGGUGUGGAGAUCAUCACGGCUGGCGUCUCCAGACUGAGUAAAGACCCAGACCGCACAUCCACUGGCAGCACUCAGUCCACAGAUAAAGAAAGUAGUCCGGCUGUGAGGCGUGUGACACCGAGCCCUCUUCCCGCUAACAAUCCUUUUGAGGCGGGGAAAACAGAGGAAGAGGAGGAUGAGGAGGAAGGUUUUGUCGACCCGGAGCUUCCGUACCGAGGGACUGAAGACGGCAGCGCAGACUCCUUUAAUGUGUUUCCCUCGAGAGCAGAUGAAGCACUUAAAACAUUGUCAGCGCUGAAGCAGGUGUUGGUGACGCAGCUCAUGUCGCAGGAAGCUGCAGAGCGGACCAAGCGCUCCACAGGAGCUCGUCUCCUCAGGACCACCUCGCUAAGGACGCCUGUAGAGAAACGCGUGAUGGUCCACAACGGCUCGGAGAGGAACAACUCCCAGACCGAAGACCCCGCGCAAGACUUGGGUUCCGGUGACACGGGCUUCUUCGACUCACCCGAAGAUUAUGCAGGAUUUUUAGUCCUGGAAGGAUAUGGCGGACAAGGGGAGAGCAGCACCGACGAGGACAUGUCGCCCGCCGGGAAGCAGCUGAGCGCAUCGCAAGGCUGCGCCGCCGACUCGGGCAUCAAUCUGAGGUUCUCGUCGGCGUCGCACGCCGGCAGCCUCUCAUCUUUCAGCAGACAAGUCCUGUCUCACCUGCGCAACCUUCAGGCUAACCUCAACCAUCUGAAGGAGGUUGAAGCCAAGUACAAUAAUCUUCGUCAGAGGCAGGGGAAGUCAACCACACACUCGGAUGGAAACAAAGAUAAGAGAUAGUGGACAUCUCAGCUGCACCUUCUGCCUCAAGGGGGGGGGGGGGGGCCUAAGAGUGCUACCACCUUUGUGUGUGCGUGUGUCCUGGACAUGGUGGACCUUCUAUAAGCUUGUCCUCUUACUACUAAGCCCCCCCUGUCCGUUUUGUUGCUACACAAAGCAAGAGACUUAAAAGGGGCGGAGUCGCCUCCUCAUCAGCACAAGGCAAUCACCCAUAUUUCCAUCUUACACCCCCCCCCCCCUUGCAAGAAAGAGAACUUAUACCAAAAUGUACAAAGAAAUGUGGGUUUACAUACAGAAUAUAUUUAUAUAUAUACAUAAAGAUCUAUGUAUAUAUAUAUUUAGAUACAGUAUGAAACACCAAGCAAGAAAAGGAAAAAAUUUAAGAUAAUGUAUUAAGAUUUUUUUUUUAUCCCAAGAUGUAUUUAUUUUCCUUUUGUUUGGUUCCUUUUUUUUUUUUUUUUAAGUGUUUACUGCAUUGCGUGCAUGCUGUUGCUACUUUGGCUGCUUUCUUUCUUUCUUUCUUUCUUCUGUCACACAGGCUUGAUGUGAGUGUUAGCAAGGCUCACCCCGCUUCCAGUGAAGUCCCACUGAGAGAGGCCCGUGUAUAGAAAGAACUCCUUUCUGUGUUGUCUUUGAAACCGAGGACUUCACACGAACUAGAAUGAAGAGUCGCCGGGGCUCUGAUCUAGUCCUGUUGUCUUCUUCCUCCUCUUCCUCCCUUAUGGAUGUGCUCCUCUUCUCCCUCCCCCUUCCUUCCUUCCUUCCUUUCCUCUAUACGUUCUUCCCGGUCGUCCUGCCUGCAGGUUUCUUGUCUCUUCCUCGAGAAGGGCCCCACCACUCUUCCUAACCUGCCUGCUAUCUGUCUCCUCUAAUCCUGUCAUGAAGUUCAACAUGUACUGUACCACGCUCAUGUUGGAAGGUUAUGCAUAACUUUAAUAAAUAAAUGGUGCCCUGACCCAUUCGAAAGAAAA